AGCGCUCACCCAUGCUCCGCUAGGGCUGGUACUACGUCCAGUAACCAGGCUGCACAUAAUUAUAUUAUCCGCCGUGGCUUCAUAAGCCCGGCACCACACAGUGACAUUCACAGUCACUGCAUUAGCGUUAGCUGUGACGGUAAACACCGUGAUACAGGGGACUCUAUCCGGAAUCUCUGUGGGCCGAUUUUCCAACGAGGCAAACCCAACUGAUAUAAAUCUACUCACCGGGAUUGUUCAGGCCACGGGGACACCGGUACAUUUGAGUGACACUACCUUUAAAUGGGGAAAAAGUCAGGGAGACGCAACAUGAAAAUGGGACUGCCCUGAAAUAACACAGGGGGCGGGGGGGGGACUCCUUUGAGUGCGCGUCACUGCACAAGCACCCCCCACCCCGGCUCAAAAAAGAGGAAAUUAAAAUCGAUACUGGCGAGUGGACGAAUUUGACAGUGACUCGCAGUCGUAAGUUGGCACGGCAGUCACCUCGGCUGCAUGCAGCUGCCUCAUCAGCCACCUCGUCCAGGGCACCUCGUCGCCAAUUCUCAGUUUCUCCCGCUCGCUCAGCCAUCGAAUUGUUAAUUUGUGGCGCAUUGGACCUCCCGACAUUGAAUCUUCGAAUGACCACACCUGCCGUCUCCUGCGCUAUUCACAACGCUACUGCUAAGCUGCUUACUUGGAGUCGUGAUUAAUGGCGUAAGGCACUACAACUACAGUACAAGGACGAUGCAACGCCCCGUGGGGCUUUCUCGCUCUCCCGCGAGCAACGACGACCGCAUCCUGCCCGACGAGGCCUCUGAUGAGGAUCUCUCUGAGGCCCUCUCCGAGUUGUCCGAGCUGUCGAGCCCGCUGGCCCACGGGGACGCGGUGAUCCCCUUCACAGCCGCGUACCGCAUGCUCCCCUUCCGCGCGCCCGAGCGCAGGGUCUUCCUCCCCGGCGGAGUGCCCGUGCGGGCACGCCUGGUGGCCGUGGAGCGCAUCACCUCCACCGCCAAGAUGCUGAACCCCAACGUCUACAACAUCAAUCUGGAGCACGGAGAGUUCUGCUGGAAGAUCAAGCGCCGCUUCAAGCAUUUCGUGAUGCUCCAUCAGGAGCUCCUCCGAUUCGACAUGCUCCUCAAGAUCCCGCUUCCUACCAAGACUCACGUGGAGCUCAGGAAGUCCGUCAAAGGGCAUCAGAAGCAGGUCCCCGCGUUGCCACGGCGACCUGGCUUCAUGGUAACGGAAGAGCACAUCUCCACCGGCAAGGACUUCUUACAGGAAUUCCUCACCAACCUUCUCAAGCAGCCAAUCUACAUGAAUCAUCCAGCUACUAUGGAGUUCUUGGAAGUCAGCGAGCUCUCGUUCAUCCGGGACCUGGGCUCCAAGGGAUUGGAGGGGACCGUGGUGAAACGCUCCGGGGGCCACCGCAUCCCGGGCCUCCACUGCUGCGGCUACCACAAGGCCUGCUACCGCUGGGCCAGGCGAUGGCUGGUGGUGAAGGACUCGUUCGUGCUGUACCAGCGGCCCGAGGACGGCAGCGUGGCGUCCGUGCUGCUGUACGACCGCGGCUUCUGCGUGAAGUCGGCCGCCGCAGCCGCCCAGGUGGACGUGCGCCACGGCCUCGUGCUGCAGAACCUGUCCAGGUCCCUGACCGUGCAGUUCCCCACGUUCAGGCAGGCCAACUCGUGGGCUUGCUCCAUCGGGGAGUUUGCGUCGAAGCACGGCAAGGACUUCCUCUCCGACAACCGCUUUAACUCCUUCACCCCGGUCCGCGAGGGAACCCUUGCCAACUGGUUCGUGAACGCCGCCGGGUAUUUUGACGCCGUGGCAGUUGCGUUGGAGGCAGCGACGGAAGAAAUCUUCAUCUGCGACUGGUGGCUAAGCCCAGAGAUCUUCCUGCGGAGGCCGAUUGUGGAUGGGAACACGUGGCGCCUGGACUGCAUUCUCAAGCGCAAGGCGGAGCAGGGAGUACGAAUCUUUGUGCUUCUCUACAAGGAAGUGGAACUCGCUCUGGGCAUCAACAGUGGUUACACCAAGAAAACGCUCAUGGAUCUCCACCCCAACAUCAAGGUGAUGAGACACCCGGACCACAUGUCGUCCACGGUGCUGUUCUGGGCGCACCACGAGAAGCUGGUGGUGGUGGACCAGUCGCUGGCGCUGCUGGGCGGCAUCGACCUGGCGUACGGGCGCUGGGACGACGAGCGGCACCGUCUCACGGAUGUGGGCGACGUGCACCGGACACCCCAGCGCAGCCCCUCGCUCUCGCGUCGCGAGUCGCCGUCGAUGGUGACGACGGAGGUGGAGCAGCGCGAGGACCUGGAGCGGCGCGAGGAAGUGGAGCUGUGCGAGGAGGUGGAGCGGCGCGAGGAGGUGGAGCUGCACGAGGCAUGCGUGCCGGCGAGCUCUCUGGAGGGCGCGCUCCGCAUCGUUCCGUCGCCUCCACCGUCGUCGUCGACGAUCACGACCCCAGCGGUGGCGUCAUCGUCACGGGAGCGUUCCGAGAGCAGCGCAGGGUCCGGCGGGCGCCCGGGGCCCCUGCCGCGCAUGCUCCCGGGCCACCGCGUCCGAGAGCGCAGCGGCAACCGUGGCGCAGACGGCGGCGUCGCCUCGCGCUCGGUGUGUGGUGAAGAACGUUUCUGGCACGGGAAAGACUACUGCAACUUCAUACUCAAGGACUGGGUGCAGCUUGACAAGCCUUUUGCCGACUUCAUCGACCGCUACAAGACGCCGCGCAUGCCGUGGCACGACGCCGGCGUCGCGGUGCACGGAGCGGCGGCGCGGGACGUCGCCAGGCACUUCAUCCAGCGCUGGAACUUCACCAAGAUCGUGAAGAAGAAGUCGAAAAGGAACUCCUUCCCUUUCCUGCUGCCAAAAUCCCACCGCACGUCACAACAGCUCCACCACUCCCUGCCUGGUUCCGUGGCCACCAACGUGCAGGUGCUGCGCUCUGUGAGCCACUGGUCAGCUGGGGUCACAUGUCACGAGGAGUCCAUCCACCUGGCGUACCUAUCGGCCAUCCGCAGCAGCAAGCACUACAUCUACAUAGAGAAUCAGUUCUUCAUCAGCUGUGCCGACAACAAGACGGUUUUUAACAAGGUGGGAGAUGCCCUCGUGGACAGGAUCUUGCAGGCCUACAGGGAGAAUCGGACGUUCCGGGUGUACGUGGUGCUGCCCCUCAUACCGGGCUUCGAAGGCGACAUCACCACGGGGGGCGGGAAUGCCAUCCAGGCCGUCAUGCACCUCAAUUACAGGACCAUGUGUCGUGGAGAGUACUCCAUCAUCGAAAGGCUCAAGGCAGAGAUGAGUGACCGCUGGAUGCACUUUGUGUCGUUCUGCGGUCUGCGCACGCACGCCAACCUGGACGGCCGCCUCGUCACGGAGCUUGUCUACGUGCACAGCAAGCUGCUCAUCGCCGAUGACACCACCGUCAUUAUCGGCUCUGCCAACAUCAACGACCGCAGCCUGCUGGGCCGCAGGGACAGCGAGAUAGCAGUGAUGGUGGAGGACAGCGAGAUGGUGCCGUCCACCAUGGACGGGCGGCCCUACCAAGCCGGGCGCUUUGCCUUGCACCUGCGCACGCACUGCUUCCGCAUGGUCCUGGGCCUGUCGGACGAUGCCACAGUUGACGUUAGUGACCCCGUGUGCGACCGCUUCUACAAGGAGGUGUGGGUGACCACGGCGGCGCGCAACGCCAUGGUCUACGACAAGGUGUUCCGCUGCCUCCCGUCAGACGAGGUGCGCAACUACGGAGAGCUGCGCGAGCGGCAGGCAAGCCCAGGCCUGGCGUCCGCCGAGCCAGGCCUCGCCGCGGAAGAAUUGCGGAAAGUUCGCGGCUUCCUCGUGCAGUUCCCGCUCUGCUUCCUGGCCGACGAGAAUCUGUACCCCUCGCUCAACUCCAAGGAGGGCAUGCUGCCCAGCGAGCUGUGGACUUGAGGGAGAUCCGAUUAGCGAGGUUGGCUUCGUCCGGUCGACGGGUCCUCUGCGCCCGAAGCCUGCAAAGCCGGCAACACUCUGUAACACACACGACGCUGUCCGCGAUGUAAGUACAUCGCAUGCCAUGGCCCUCUAGGGCCGGCACCAUACAGUGACAUCCCCAAUGUCACUACAGGUACGCAGCUUAUUAAUUAUUACUACCACCCUACCAGAGCGUCACGUUUCUUUUUAGGAGGGUCAUGCCAGGUUUGUCACAGUCUAGGGCAAUGAAGCUAUGCUUAUUCCCAAUUGAGUAAGUUGCAGGUAAUUCCUCAGCAUUGGGAUGUUUGGCCAAUACGAGUUACAUUGUGUGGGGUUUUCAGCUAUGGACAGAAACCGGAGGACCCGGAAGAAACCCAUGCAGAACACGGGGAGAGAACAGAGAAACUCCGAAGAGAAAGAGCGAGUCGAACCUUCCGUGGAGAGGCUUACAGGUCAGCAGCAACAUCGUAACAAAAUGUCGCUACAAUACGUGCGAUUUUUUGUUACUUGAAGCCCUUCAAUGUGACCACGUCUCAAGAUGCGCUGGGCUUGAAUGUGGGAUAACGUGAAGCUAAAAGGAGCGGAUUUGAAUCGCAUUGCGGUACAUUCUAUUACCAAGCGCACGUUGUGGUGAUGUGUGCGCAUUGUACGCCGCCACGUGGCGCAAGGCGGGAAUGGACCGCGCUGACAUGAGCGGAAUGCUAAUAAUUUGCUAUAAUGAAAUAUUUUCAGAACAAAAAGUAGCUUUUUUAAUUCAAGUAUUGUAUGUAAAGUUGUUUAGAAUGUCAUAACAUCUUGAGUAUUUAUUGUGAUACGAAUAAGAGUGGUUGCGUCCCAUAGCGUAGAUAUACACUGCCAUGACUCCCAUAAGCCUUUGCGCCGGUUUGUAAUAAUUGUUUUGCUCGGUUCUCGAAAAAAAAGAAUAUAUUUUAAGUAAUCUAUUAAUGAUGCUUAUAAUAUUUAUAUAUGGUUGUAUUACAUGUGAUGAUAGCUGUUAUCCGAUAAUCAUGGUUUGACCCCAUAGCGUAGAGAGACUUUCUGUGGGUAUGUGUACCCCACCACCGACCGCUUUUAGUUAUCGCUUCUCGGCCUUUUGGCUAAGAUCAAGUGUAGUAUCUGUUCUUAUCAGUUUAAUAUCUGAUACGUACCACAUUGUGGUACCUUAUAUUAAAUUGAUUUUUGGGACAGGGAGAUGGAAUAGGGGCUUGCUCCGUCCACUCCGCGCAUCAACCCGGUAUUGCAGUACCUCCGGGAAUGGUGCACCUCCCCGCUUGGGGAGGGAAAA